GAAGAAACCCAUAAAAUAGGAGUGUUUUUUUAGGAAGUUUUAACUUGUAAAGCAUGGAUAACAGUGGGACUAGCCUAGCAUCUCCUAUUAAGACUGUGGUGGUGUUAGUCCAAGAAAAUAGGUCAUUUGACCAUAUGUUGGGAUGGAUGAAGGCAAUCAAUCCGGAAAUCGAUGGUGUCUCGGUGGGUCAGGAAUCGAACCCAUUGGAUAUUUCGGCUCCAAAUUCAAAAAGGGUUGAGUUUGGGGAUAGAUCGGUGUAUGUCGAUCCUGAUCCAGGUCACUCAAUUCAAGACAUUUACGAGCAGGUAUUUGGUGAGAAAUGGAGCCAAGAAUCAGCCCAAAAGAAAAAGGCAGCAACAAUGCAAGGAUUUGUUCAAAAUGCAAAUGGGAUCCAAAGUGGGAUGGAUGAGGCUGUGAUGAACGGAUUCAAACCGGAUCUUGUACCCGUUUACAAGGAGUUAGUAACCCAAUUUGCAGUUUGUGAUAGAUGGUUUGCUUCAGUGCCUGCAUCCACACAGCCUAAUAGAUUGUAUGUGCAUUCAGCAACAUCUCAUGGAUUAACAAGUAAUGACACAAUGAAACUCAUUGGAGGAUUGCCUCAAAAGACCAUUUUCGAAUCUUUGGAUGAAGCUGGUUUUUCUUUUGGUAUAUAUUAUCAAUAUCCUGCAUCUACCCUAUUUUACAGGAACCUUAGAAGACUAAAAUACAUAACACAUUUCCACCAAUUUGAUCUACACUUCAAGAAGCAUUGCAAAGAAGGGAAGUUACCAAAUUAUGUGGUGAUUGAACAAAGAUAUUUUGACUUACUAUCAAUACCAGGAAAUGAUGAUCAUCCAUCUCAUGAUAUAUCAAUUGGUCAAGAAUUCAUCAAGGAAAUUUAUGAAGCAUUAAGAUCAAGUCCCCAAUGGAAUGAAAUGUUGUUUAUAAUAACAUAUGAUGAACAUGGUGGUUUCUUUGAUCAUGUUCCGACACCAAUCGAAGGCGUUCCUAGCCCUGAUGACAUCGUUGGUCCUGAACCAUACGGUUUUAAGUUUGACCGUCUUGGUGUUAGAGUUCCGACUAUUUUGAUCUCUCCAUGGAUUGAACCUGGAACUGUGUUGCAUGAACCUUUAGGGCCAUACCCCACAUCACAAUAUGAGCAUUCUUCAAUUCCAGCAACUGUUAAGAAGAUAUUCAAUUUGAAAGAGUUUCUAACAAAGCGUGAUGCUUGGGCUGGUACUUUUGAUGGUGUGGCUAAUAGGACAACUCCUAGGAUAGACUGCCCAGUCACUAUGCCAAAACCAGUUAAACUAAGAGCAACUUCAGCAGUGGAAAACAGGAAAUUAUCCGAUUUCCAGGCAGAGUUAGUGCAAAUGGGCGCAUGCUUAAAUGGCGACCACAAGAAGAACACAUACCCGGACGCAUUAGUAGCCAAGAUGACAGUUAAAGAAGGUGCUGAAUAUGUGCAAAAAGCCUGGAAAACUUUCUGUCAUGAAUGUGAUGAAGCGAAGAAGCGAGGAGCAGACGAGAACACGAUUAUUGAAGUAGAUACUGAACCAUCAAACAAAAUUUACAGAUCAUUCAUUGAUAAGUUUUUCUCUUGUUUAGCUUGUAACAACUGAACCGUUGGUUUCAGCAUUCGUUCGAACACAUACUGAACAAAUCAGAUGAAAUCGAACAAGAUCGUGUUUUGAAAGAAACCAAUGAUUCAAUCAAUUGCAAACUCGAAAUUAUCUAAGAUUUGAUCUGAUUUGAUCUAUUCCGUGUACAUCUAAAUCACAAAAG